GAGGGAAUGCGGCUCCCCCCGAGUCGCUCGUUGUCUCUUUGCAAAGAUUGCUCAGAUGCUGAAUAAAACAGUGAGUAAACAAAAGGCGCUGCGCUUAUGUUGGAGCGGAAGACAAAGAUUUGAGGACUCCGGAUCCCUGAGGGCACCGAGGGAUCUGUUUUGAAAGGAGCGGGUUUUGAAACCCUUCAGUCUGUUCCCUGGAUCGGAGUGGCUAUGAUUGAUUGGUCCGUUCGCUUAUUCAUUGUCAGUAGUCAUGAUGCAAUGACAUAUUGUCUGGAUAAGGAGUCAGAAGUCAGUGCAAAUGGAUCCAAAUUGUUGCAGUUACUGGAUAAACAUAUGCAUUACAUAGUGCACCCUAUUAUUUUGAGAUGGUCAAUAACACAGGAUCUGACUGUGUUGGAACAAUUGGAUGCUGGAAUUAGGUAUUUUGAUUUUAGAAUAGCUCACAAAUCUGACGAUCCUUCCAUGAAAUUAUACUUUGUUCAUAUGUUAUAUACAACAGUGGAAGUAGAGGUUGUUCUGUGGGACAUUUUACGAUGGUUGAAAAACCAUCCUUGGGAAGUAGUAGUUCUAGCUUUCAGAAAUUUUGAUGGCUUGGAUGAGAAUCAUCAUAAUCAUUUGGUGGCCUGUAUAAAGAAGAUCUUCAGUUCCAGACUGUGUCCUAGAAAUAUUGUCCCAACCUUAUGGAAUAUGUGGUCCAGUGGCUACCAAGUUAUUUUGUCUUAUGACAAAAUAGAGCAAUUGAUAAAACAUAAUGAAUUGUGGCCUGCAAUUCCGUACUGGUGGGGAAAUAAGGAUACAGCACGAAAGCUUAUUGAGUUUUUGGCAAAACGGAAGCAAAGUGGUCGCCCAGAUGGAUUAUUUGUCGCAGGAAUCAAUCUUACUGCAGAUUUAGGAUAUAUUUUGACAAAUAUAAAAAGUUCUGUUAAAAAAAUGACUCAGAAGGCUCUUCCAUUCCUAAAUAUGUGGAUAAAGAAACAGCAACCUGGAUCAAAAAAGGACUGCAUUAACAUAAUUGCUGGAGACUUCAUAGAAAAUAAUAAUUUUGUGGAGAAUGUGAUAAACCUUAAUAGAAAACUGAUUUUACAAUAACUCUGCUAUUAUAUUUUGAUCAUGUUUUGAAAGGAGAUGAUGGGACUAACUGCAAGGAUAAAAUAGGAUAUAAUACAGCAAAUAAUUCACCUCCCUCAUAUUUUUAACCUACAGUUAAGUACUUAUUUAAAAACUGUAUUUAUGGAUCACUGUAGAAAAUGUCAUAAUGUU